AUUGAAUGUUCUACGAACGUCAAAAAGAAGGACAAGAGAAGCCAUAGAAAUGAAUAUAAAGGGCUUGUGUGCUGAUAAGAAUUAGUUGACAAAUUACGGAGAUAUGAAUAUAGGUGUUUGGUUUUCAUUGGCUGCACUUUACGUGACUGGAGUGGCAGAAUGUCUCGAGUGUUUUUUUUGUCUAAAUAUCACUGAUCCCAAUGAUUGUCGAGCGACUACUCAGUGUUCUAGUGGACAAUCCUGCUUUUUGCAAACUGUCCAAGCUGACACCGAUUUACGCUACAAUAUGGGCUGCCAAACCAAUCAGCAAUGCAGCACCUCCGCUGUAAACCCUUAUGGGAUCAUCGGGCGCUCCGUUUCAACCAGACAACAGUACAGCUGUCAUGAAUGCUGCAGCACCAACAACUGUAACGCAAACAUGUGCACCAAUGGGAAACGUCUCGCGCUUUACCAUAUUCACAUUACAGCUUCUGAGUUUGAUGGUAACUGGGCUGACUGGAGCAUAUGGUCAACCUGUAGCGUUACAUGCGACAAUGGGACCCAGUCACGAACACGUAAAUGCUCAAAUCCGGCACCUAGCAACGGUGGUCUAAACUGAAGUGGGUCAGCUGUUGGCUCGAAAGUGUGCACAAUGCAGCUAUGUCCAGUACAUGGAAACUGGACAAGCUGGUCUUUGUGGACUGGUUGCUCUGUUUCCUGUGAUGUGGGGCUAAGGAAGAGAUCGAGAACAUGCACAAAUCCCAAACCAGACCCACUUGGGGACUAUUGUGUUGACGAUCCUAUCGAGUAUGUUGUCUGCCAAAACCUACCAUGCGUUACCCCAGUACAUGGGAAAUGGACGAGCUGGUCUGCGUGGUCUGGUUGCUCUGUUUCCUGUGAUGUGGGACUAAAUAAGAGAUCGAGGACCUGUACCAAUCCGAAACCAGACCCUUUUGGGGAAUAUUGUGUUGGCGAUCCUAUCGAGUAUGCUGUAUGUCCGAAUUACCCCUGUAAUGCAGAGGAUGUCGGCUGGUCGAUAUGGCACUCAUGGCAGAGCUGUUCGGUCACGUGCGGUCUGGGUCGAACACUCAGGGUCAGAAUGUGCACGAACCCAAGUGGCAAGGAUUGUCCGGGAAAUUCCAUGGACUUCGAUGUUUGCUUCAUCACGCCAUGUACUACGGUAGCAUUCCUCGCUCGCGGUGUCAACAUUUUGCCCAACCUGGUCAAUGCAUUUCCUUCUGUGCUCUCUAACGAGGGAAAUGCCUACAACCCGAACACUGGGCACUUCACUGCCCCUGUUCACGGAAUUUAUUACUUCUCAGCCCAAAUAUGCAAAAGUAAAUACAUUUAUAUGAAUUUCAACAUACAAACGGGAGAUGCAAGCAGCAUGAGCGAAGGGACACUGUCAAGUGCAGUUGACACCGAUGGAAACGCGUAUUCAUGCACAACGAGUUCAGCAUCAGUGAGGCUACUCAGAAAUAAGCACGUUUGGGUGUUAAUGGCGUCUAAAUACAACACCACUUAUAUGAUUGAAAGUUUUGAUGCUUGGAACACAUUUACUGGUACACUUAUUCAAGAACUUUGAUAAAUAUGUGUUGAGUCGUGUUAAUGUUCAUUUAUUAAACGUGUAUAGUUUUGCGCCAAUUAAUUAAAGCCAGGAAUGUUUAAAUUUAAUAAAUUACACAAUACAAUUAUUAUCCAAUCGGAACACAAUUAAAAAUGAUUUAUAGACAGCGUUAUUGAAUAAUUCAAUCGCAAUCUUUAUUUCGAAACAUAUGUAAAAUUAUUGUUUUUAGGAAAUGAUUAUUAUAUUUUACACUGACACUGCGGUUUAAGUUACAUUUGCCUAAAUAAAUCGCUCUUCGCUUCAGUUUCAAAACUUUGCUGUCCACGUUAAUAUAGAGUAAUUUAUAUACAUUUUUUUUGUUCCUGAAUCAGCAUCCACGUAUGACAAUACAACCAUUAUAUUGAUAUUCUUUGUAGUUUAGUUUGUUUUUCAUCCUGUUUUAUUUAAAGGUUAUACUGGUAUAGCUUAUGGUGCAUUAUAUCGUGGCUGAAUGAAAGAUACAACAAAGCGUCAAACAGAUUUGAAGGAAAUGUACUAUGUAAAGCGUUCAAGUUUUAAAUGUAUUUGAAAAUGGUAUCAUAUCGUUAUAUAAAUAUAUUAACAUAGUUUAGUUAUGCGCACUUUGUUUAUAUUAUUCAGUGUGGCAUAUUUUGGGGACUUAAUUGUACACUCCUAUUCAUAAACUACAAUUAUGCGUUCGAGAGUUGCUUCUUAAAAUGCGCAGUCAAUAGUAAAACGAUCUUCUUAUCUUAUUGUAAGUCUAUGCUAUUUUUGUUGUCAAACAACAGGACAAAAUAAGACUAUUAUAGAGACGAAACCAUCCACAAAUCACUUAUGUGGAGCAACUGUUUACUUUACUAUAAACACGUUUAAUGUUUAACUAUCGUCUACGUUUCAUUCCACUAUUUCACCAACAGCAUUUUUUGUGAAAUUUUGUAUCGCACAAUAUUUGUAUAGAAAGACUUUGUGAAAAUCGGAACCUUUAUUUUAAUGUAUAAUAAAGGAAUUACAAACAAUU